AUGAGCGCAACUGCCGUAAUGCACCACACGACGAGGCUGGCCACUAGAGGUCAGAAGGUCGAAGGACCCGUCGAGGGGCAAGGACGGUCGGGGGGUAGGCGUAUGCCUAACCCUCGGCCCACCCGAGCUCCAAGGCGCGGUGCCGAGGACGAGCGGGGAGAGGACCCGGAGCCCGUGGUCACGUCGGACGAAAGCGAGCUGGAGUGGGAGGAGGACCCGAAGGAGGAAAUGAGGACCUGGCGGCUGAAGAGGGCCAGGAGCGGAGCCGAUAACCGGAUCCUUCCGGGGACCGCGCCUGCGUUCGAGGAGGCCAGGCAGAACCCUAGAGGGAGCGGGGGGACGUCAGCAGCGAUGGCAAACGCCAUCGUGAAGAUGCGGAAGCUGGAGGCCGACCGAGUGGCGGCCAGGGGAGCCCCGCAUUCGGAACGGAUGGCAGCGAGGGAGGAGUAUGAGGCCGCCAAGGCAGCGCGCGUCCGCAUGCAGCAACGGGCAGCCAUGGCGGCCAUGCACGAAAUCCAGCAGAGGGCGAGGACCAAGGGGGAGGAGGAGAAAAGGUGGCUCCAGGAGCUCGCAAGGGCAGAGAAGGAGGAGUGCGCGGCCGUCAACGAGGAUCCCACCUACGCCCCGGCCACGGCACUGGCCACCCAGCCCCCCACCCAACCCGGUGCCGACCGCCCGUCCACCCACGGUUCCACCAACCCACCCGGAUCCCCAGGACCCCGUGGGAAACAAGGACCCUCCGACCCCGCACGCCAGGAUGUCGCACCAAGGGAGGGAGUAUACGGAAGGAGGCAGACGAUGGCGGCAACAAGUCGUCACGUGGACCUGGCCGGUUGGACCCGAAGGUCCCAAAGAAGAAGAGGCGCCGGUCCAUGGUGGUGGGGCUCCGCCAACUCCGGAUACUGCGGCCGAGCUGGAGAAGGGGCCAUGGCCAUCCCCCAAGGACACCCCAAGGCCCGGACACCAGCGGCAGUCAUCCGCUCCAGCGGUGGGUGUCCCCGCAUCCCGGCCGUCCUCGGUGCGGAUGGCGUCUGCGUCAGAGGUCCAGCGAUGGGCUCCGAUUCCGGAGGCGGAAUGGCCCGCGGGAGUCAUGGAGGAGCCGGUGAUCCGGGACGCCAAGCGCCGAGGUAG